AUUCUUCAGAUAAAACAUCCACCUUGUGAUCUGCGUAUUCUGUCGCAGGUUGGUAUGGAUUACACUGCACUGCGCAAUCACCUCGCCGACGGGGAUUUCAGAAAGGCGGAGGAUGAGACUCGUGCAUUGCUAAUUAAGCUUGCGGGGGAGGGUGCAAUUAAGAGGAACUGGGUUUACUUCACGGAGGUGAAGAACAUCUCGGUGGCUGAUUUCCAAACUCUGGACAGCUUAUGGAAGGCUGCCAGCAACGGGAAGUUCGGGUACAGUGUACAGAAGGAGAUUUGGAAUCAGAACUCGAAGCGGUGGCCGAAAUUCUUCAAGCAGAUUGACUGGACCACAGGCGAGAACAAUAACUACAGGAAGUGGCCAAUGGAGUUCAACUACAGCCUAGACGCACCUCGUGGGCAUCUCCCCCUUACCAACGCGUUGCGGGGAACGCAACUGUUUCAAGCAAUUAUGGAGCACCCCGCAUUCGAGGCUAAGGCAAAGAAGUCGAUAGACGAGAAGGCUGCGGAGGCGGCUAACAGCACGUUGAAGCUGUUUUAAGCCUUGUGCGCAGCCGCUGCGUUGCGGAAUGACGGUAACAACUGGAGGGAGUCUCUGGGAAGCUCUGUGGCGGGGAUCGUGACUGUGUUACUUUAACGACCGAUGCGGUGGUGCGGUGCAAACGGGUACACGUGGUUGGGGCCGCAUUAUACAGGAAUAGUGCUGCAUUGGGGCCGCAUUACAUAGGAACAGUGCCGUAUGCCGUAUAUGCCCUGGACACAUUACACGUGCGCUAUGUGUGGGGUCUAGCCACAUACAGUUGUCUCAUCCGGUCACUAGAGUGUGUUUACAUGUUAUUUUUGCUUGUGCGCUGAUUAUUUGUUUUUUCAUAAGUUGUGUUGUAACUUCUAUGGUUAGUCGUCUGUGCAAUGAACAGGCUGUCGCCAUUUGUUUGCCUCAGUGACUUCAUUGUCCGGGCGGCCUGUCGUCGUGUUAGCAUGACGGCGCCCUGUCGUCAUGUUGCCAUAAUGGUCGUAGAGUAAGCCAAGCUUUGCACGAGGGUUACAAAUACCCACUUGACUGACGGACUGCCAUGGGUUCUAGUCAGGCUAUUUUAUAUGCUGAUGCUAGCUGGGAGGCGUGUUCUUGACGCAGUCCGUUCCACGUUCUUACAUGUGCUUAUGGGUUGAUUCAAUCAGUCCGAGGGAAUGGAAGCAGCUAAAGAGCCUGCUUGUGUAGAGGAACUGAAUUUGUAGGUUGAGGGACUUGGCGUGCAUGGUUUCUCCGUAACCUGAUAGCGUUCCUGCAAUGUUUUCCAUUGCGCAGUCCGUUCCGCAUCCAUGCUUUCUGUGGAACAAGGAACGACUGAUAUGUUUUAAGGGAUGCAAGC